ACGGAGGGGCUUCGAACGGCCCUGGCGCGACUGCGGCACUGUACCCCUGCGGGGGGCUCGCUGCCGAACACACCGAAUCCACCGUCCACCCCGGAACACAAGUCCCAAGGGUGCUCGAGGAAUCGCGAGUCGGCAACUAGAUGUGGCAGUUUGGGAAGUAACGCGUGUGAUCAAGGGGAUACAUCGCAGUCGCAGCCAACGCGUGGACAAUAUGGGACUGACAGUGGCGGCGGUGUCAGCGGCGGCGGACGAGACGGUGACCUUCUUUCGUCCGCGAUACGGCGGUUCAACUUCAAGUCGGCGGGCGGCAGCCGCAGCUGCCGGACGGUGCCGAAAGUCGUGGUUAUGGGUUCCAGCACGGCGUCGGAGACAACGAUCAACACGAGCACCGACAGCGCAAACACGAUGCUCACUAUGGUGACGACGACGGACGGGGAGCAGCCAGACGACAGUUUCGACCUAAUCGACGUGCCGGCCGAAAUGUCGCCUCCUGCCACAGCCCCGUCACAGUCAUCACCCAUCCAUCUCGCCGGACAUUCCGACGAGCACGUAGCCACGGGCAGCCGCACUUCGUCGCCGGCGUCACCGACGUCGCCCAUCUCCGUCGCGGCGCCGUCGAACCAAACCACUCCGCCGCUGCCGCUUCCGUCGUCGCCGACAUCACCGCUCUGCGCCUUCGAUGGAACCGAGGUCGCCGGGCCGUCGAGCCGAUCCACCCGCUCGAAACUCGACUCGGGUCAAUCGGACUGCAACUCCAAGACGACGAUCGGUCACAACGCGUGUAACGGCGCGGAAGGCACUUCGGCUCUUCCGCCACCCACGCCGAUGGUUGGGACCCAUCAGGAGACCAGGUUCACCUUCGGCGGGAGCGGCAGAACCCCGCCUCUGCCGGAUGUCAGAGCCGCGGAUUUCUUUAGCACUCCCGUAAGAGGCUCCGUGGACGCGGGCCAACCCGAUUCGAUCGACACGCGCUCCUCGAUUCGGAACUUGGUGACCGCCCAGGAGAAGCAGAACGCCAGGGUGGCGUAUCAGAUCAAUUAUACGGCCAGUGGGAAGGUCAACUCGAUUCAGGCGAACGCGCUCGAGACGAAGGGCAUCGCCGAGCAUAAACGGAGCCUGAAGAGGCCCAACAUCAACGUCACGACCAAUCCUCUCGAUAUAUCGCUCAUAGGCGCGACUCAGCCGUGCAACACUCAGGGCUGCAACAUCCAGAGUAGCGGGAGCACGAAAUCGCGAGGACGAUCAGCGGAAUCUCAUCCACUCGUUUCAGCCAUUCAUUCAUGGGUCAGGCUCUUUUUCCCGUUUUGCGCAAUAGGCGGAAGCGCCGGCGGUGCCGGAAAGCGAUCGACUCAGGCGACGAUCGUCGUGCAACAGCCGUCCUUAUCGCUGGACGCGCCCGCGGCGACGAUUUUGCUGCACCCGGACGCGGACGCCAGACGACGCGAGGAAAAUAUGCGGCAGUUGCUGGACGUCGCCAACACUCUCACCCUACAGGAGAUACACGACUUCGAGAUGAGAUAUGGAAGUCCCCAUCAUAGCCGGUCGCAGUCAGUGAAAGCUCCCGGCAGUCGUUCUUCCGGUCGGCCGAAUUAUCUGUGUCUUCCGCAACAGAGAUCGCGAGUGGCGAGUAUGCCUAAUACCGGCGUGGAGGAGGAAUACUACAGAUUGCGGCAUUUCAGUAUCACGGGCAAAGGAGUGGUGAAUCGGGGCGAUUCCCUCAAGAGUCGCAGAUCACGUUCGAAUAACAGCGUCGCGUCUAGCAAUUCCAGCACGGAACACCUGACCGUCGUACCGGGAUCGGCAAGGAAUUCGGCGGCGGGUUCGUUGGCGAGUUCGAGGGAGAGCAGCGCGUCCCAAGGACCGGCACCCUAUCGCGUCCUUAUGCUGGGAGCCCCCGCCGUCGGCAAGAGCUCGCUGGUGUCUCAAUUUAUGACUUCCGAGUACCUGCACGCCUAUGACACUUCGAUCGACGACGAGUCUGGUGAAAAGACUGUCAGCGUGCUGUUGGCCGGUGAGGAAUCGGAAUUGACUUUUAUCGAUCAUUCCUGCGCCGAGAUGACGCCGGAGAAUUGCAUCUCGACGUACGAACCGCACGCGUACUGCGUCGUUUAUUCUACGACUGAUCGAGCGUCAGUGCGCGCCGCCGAGGAGGUUCUCCAGUCCUUAUGGAGGAGCGAUCACAUGUCCGCGAGAGCGGUCAUUCUCGUAGGGAACAAGGUCGACCUCGUUCGCAGUCGGCUGGUAUCGACCGAAGAGGGCAAAUCCAUGGCGACGUCUUACGAUUGCAAGUUCAUCGAGACAUCCGUCGGGAUCAAUCACAACGUCGACGAGCUGUUGGUCGGCCUGCUCACGCAAAUUCGUCUGAAGCUCGAGAACCCCGAGAGGACCAGGGAAAUGUUUCGGAAAAGAUCGCGGAAAAAUCGCAGCAAGUCGCCGCUGGGCUCGUGCUCGGAGAACAACUCGCCUAAGAAGUAUCGGGGCAGUCGGACCAGCACCAGCCUGAAAGUGCGCAAUCUGCUGGACAAGGUCUGGGCGCGCGACAGCAAGUCGAAGAGCUGCGAGAACCUUCACGUUCUGUAAAAGCUCGAGGAUCGGGCCGAGAUAGUUUCGGGCCAGAGGAAUAUGAUCCGGGUCUGGCGAGCUGCAGCAGACUUCCAUUGAAAACGUCUUACGCUUCGAGCAUUAUGUCUUCGAGAGUGCGAGGGUAUAGUCAACGAGGCCGACUCUUGUCGAGGAAGAGGACAGAUAUCGACCGCUCGAUAUUCUCGACUUCGCGGGAGAGAAGAGGAAACACGUGCGUAUCGCUUUGUAGCGACCUUUCCGGCCGCGUUUCUCAACGUCGUCUCUCUGUUGUGUUAGACCUCUGUGGACGAGGUAAUCUUUUGUUGCUUCUGUGAAACGAAGCAUGUGCGGGGUUUGAUUUAGCGAAAUCAAUUUAGAAACGUUAUUUUUAUUCCCUUCUCGUGACUUUAUACAUAGACGCAUUCACUGUAGAAAUCCUGGGAUUGGAAUAUCUUAUUUUGCAUUAUACCGUCAUGUUUCUAUUAGGUUCUGAUUACGCUCUGAAAACCACACGCAGAGAGAAUUUUCUCUUAGAAUUUACUUAAUCGUGGAACAAGAAUU